AUGGAUGAAGAUCGUCACCAUGUCAGCCAGAAGGAACUUGGUUUCAGAAAACCCGAAAUCUUCAACGGCUCAGACCGUUUAAAGCUUAGGGAAUUUAUAAACCAAUGCAAGAAUUACAUGGCCGAGAAUAGCCAUGUCUAUCAAGAGGACAAUCAGAAGAUUGCAUUUGUGCUGUCGCACAUGCAAGGAGGAACAGCGGGAUCAUGGGCGCAGAGUUUCAUAGAAAUGAAACUCACUGAUGACAACUUCCUAUCUUACGGAGAUUGGAAGGAGUUCAUUACAGAUGUGAACAAAGCAUUCAGUGAUGAAAAUAUUGAAGAAACCGCUCGUACCUUGCUGCGUAACAUCAAGCAAGGAACUCGUACCGUGGAUGACUACAUUGCCGAAUUCCGAUUGCUUGAGUCAAAAGCGAAAUUAGAAGAUGCCGGAAAUAUCGAAUAUUUCAAGUGGGGACUUAACGACCCACUCCGACAAAGGAUAUAUGGGAUGGAAAGCAUCCCAAGACACUUGACAAGUGGUAUGAGUACGCCUCAUGAUUUGACAACCAAUGGAGAUCUGCUCAGAUCUUCAAGCGAGGAGCUACUACGACGACACGAGGAAAAAGCCGAUCUACCCAUCGUCCCUACUACUUGA